AACCGCAUAUCGCGGGAGCAGACCGUACGUGAAAGCGCUCACAGGCUGUCAACAGGCGAACCGCACCGAUCCGGAGCACCCGUUCCGGUCCGCUCCCUGCUUGCGGAUCGGAGUCGUUACCCUUUGCGCGGAGCAAUGAUUGCUCAGGCCCGUGACAUCCCUACGCGCCCGUCCCGAUUCAGUUGAAAUCAGUUCGCGGAAAUACACAGAUGUUGCGUCGGGUGCGUACACGCCAGCUUCCGCAUAGUGUAUCGCAUCUUCCGCUCGGUCGUAAUUGUGUUUGAAGGAGCGCGUACUGUGGCUGCGUAACGUUCUAGUUGUGUAUCCCUUCGGGAGAAACAUCCGAGGGGGUGAGUGAGUGAGUGAGUGAGUGAGUCAGUGUGUGUGUGUGCAAAUAAAUCGCCAAACGCGUUCGAAAAGUCCGACCUCGUCGCCCUCCACCCACACACACCCACACACGCUUCCUGAAGACUUUUGAGAAAACACCCCCUCCCCCCCCCACCCCCUCCCUCCACGGCGUGGCCGGCCGGGGAGUGGUGGAGCGCGCUGGGGAAGUGUGUGUGCUGGUGUGUGUGUGUGUGUGUUAAAGUGUGAUCUCUUGGGCGGCCGGAAGAAAGUAUCGCUGCUUCCUCUGCUUCCCCCUGCGCCCCCUCAAACCUGGCGAACAGCUCCAACAACAGUGCCGGUGGCGGACCGGAACGGCCGUCACCAUCAGCCGCCGACGACGGCAGCAGCCACUCGGUCGCGCUUCCCACCAGCACCACCAGCAGCAACAGUGGUGGCAGUAGCGGCAGCAACAACAACAACAACAACAGUAGCAACAGCAACAACGGACGCAUCACAUCGACCACGCACGAACCGGCGGCCGGCAGCAGUAGCAGUGGCGGCGGCGGCCGGGAUGUGGGCGUAGUGGUGCCAUCCACCGCAGCGAGCAGCGGGAUGGCCGGUCCGAUGGGUUCCUCUGCCGGUUCCUCCUACCCAUCCUCCUCAGGCAAUAGCAAUCAGCAGCAGCAGCACGUGAACAACCACCAUCUGCCGCACCAUCACCAUCAUCAGCAAAACCAUGGCAAUAGCAAUAACGAGCCGGACGGUGGCAUCGGCGAGUGGAACCCGCUCGAGCACGCCAGCACCAGCGGCGGGGGCGGUCCGUCCGGUGGCAACAACCAUCAACACAACUCGCCGGCCGCCGGGCGGGACGGAGGCGGCGGCAAUGGAGCAGCCGGCGGUGGUGGCGGCGGCGGCGGCGGCAACAAUGCGAACCAGAACGCGAACCAGAACGCGGAGGAGAUCGACCGGUUUAGCUUCGAGGAUUCGGACCGGUUCGAGGAGGACUCGCUGUGCAGCUGGAGCUCCGAGCCGGAGAGCGUGUGCAACAACUGGCGCGGGUGGAAGAAGCCGGCCGGCACGAUCAACUCGUUCGGCGGCGGGUCGGGUCGCCGUGCCAGCGAGGGUGAACCGACGUCCCUGACCGAGCUGGCCGCCCGGUGCGUCGCGUUCUUCAUCCCGUUCGAGCUGGUCGAGCACAUGUACCCGCCGGUGCCGGAACCGAUCAUGCUGCGCAUCGCCUUCUGGAGCUUCCCGGACAACGAGGAGGACAUCCGGCUGUACUCGUGCCUAGCGAACAGCUCCGCGGACGAGUUCCACCGGGGCGAGCAGCUGUUCAAGAACCGGACGGUGAAGGAUCCGCUCCAGAUCGGGUUCCACCUGUCCGCGACGGUCGUGCAGACGCAGCCCCGCAACCAGUACAACGUGGCGGUCACGUUCGACCGGCGGAAAAUCUCGUCCUGCAGCUGCACCUGCCUGCCGACCACCUACUGGUGCUCGCACGUGGUCGCCGUCUGUCUCUAUCGGAUCCAUUGCCCAACCAAAGUGAGCCUCCGUGCGCCCGUGUCCGAGUCGCUGUCCCGGCUGCAACGCGACCAGCUGCAAAAGUUCGCCCAGUAUCUGAUCAGCGAGCAGUCGCAGCAGAUACUGCCGAUCGCGCAGCGCCUGCUGGACGAGCUGCUCAGCACGCAGCCGACCACGAUCAACACGGUGUGCGGGGCGCCGGACCCGACCGCGGGCGCCUCCGUCCACGACCAGACCAACUGGUACCUGGACGAGAAGACGCUGCACGACAACAUCAAGAAGAUCCUGUUCAAGUUCUGCCAGCCGACGCCGAUGGUGUUCAGCGACGUGAACUAUCUGACCAACUCGGCGCCGCCCGCCGCCGCCGAGUGGAGCUCGCUGCUGCGGCCGCUGCGGGGCCGCGAGCCGGAGGGCAUGUGGAAUCUGCUCUCGAUCGUGCGCGAGAUGUACCGGCGGUGCGACCGGAACGCCGUCCGGCUGCUCGAGAUCAUCACCGAGGAGGUGAUGGCCUGCGACCAGAUACUGGUGUGGUGGUUCAACAUCAAGCUCGCCCUGCUGGUCGGCUCCAACGGGCACGGGGGCGGUGGCGGGGGCGGCGGUGGCGGCGGCGGCAAGCACGGCAACACGCACAGCAAUCUGAACGCGACGCAGCACGCGUGCGCGUCGCUGUGCGACGAGAUCGUGGUGCUGUGGCGGCUGGCCGCCCUCAAUCCCGGCCUCGCGCCGGACGAGCGGGACAUGCUGCACGCCCAGUUCACCACCUGGCACCUGAAGAUACUGGACCGGGUGGCGAAGAACAUGGUCGCGUCGUCGUCGCACAGCAGCAAGCAGCAGCAGAACCUGCGCAACGAUGCGGAGCUGUUCGCCGGGUUCAAGCCGGCGGUCGAGGCGUGCUACCUCGACUGGGAGGACUACCCGAUCGAGGGCGUCACGCACACGCAGGACACGAACCCGAUGUACCACUGCCCGUUCACCUGCUUCAAGCAGAACGGGGACGCACGCGAAGACGGAACCGGUGGCGGAGGAGGAAGUGGUGGUGGGGGCGGCGGCGGUAGUGGCAGCGGUGGGCAGCGCGGUGUGGCCGGACCGACCACGGCCGGGGCGCUCGUGCUGCAGGGCAACGUGAAGCCGUUCCAGAUGAUGCCGCACCAUCAUCACCACCAUCACCACAAUCACCACCAUCACAGUUACCACGGUGAGCAUCCGCCGGCCGGCUAUCGGAACGUUUCCUCCGUGCUGACCGGGUCUCGCACGAUGGAGCAGCAGCAGCAGCAGCCCCACCACCACCACCACCAUCAUCACCCGCAGCAGCAGCAGCAGUUUGGCGGCGCGGCUAGCAUAGCGACAGCGACGAGCUCGGUCGGUACGACGGCAGCAACGACGGCGAGCGCUUCCGUGGCGGCUACCUCGGCGGCGCAAUGCGCCACCCCAGCGGCGGCACCAGAUUACGAUGCCUCGGUAGACGACAGCGCCACCAGCAGCGGUGGCGGUGGAGCUAGCAAGCGUGCGGGUGCGGCAGACAGCAAAAACCACCACCAUCGGAGCCGGGCGCAUCGCGACCGGCUAACGUACUGCUCGUCCAGCAACAACAGCAGCAGCGACAGCGUGCCCGAUCGGCUGAGCACGGGCCCGGCGGAAGCGGGUGGCAAAGUGUCCGCGGCGGACCCGGCUGCCCGUAGCGCAGCGGGCAGCGAACCCGCCGGUGGCGGCAACCGGUCGAGCGUCAGCAGCGAAGGGUUCUGCGAAAACGAGGACGAUCUGGCGGGCGUGGCGGACGAGAAGCACUACCUGCUGGCGACCGGCGGCGCUAACGGCACGCUGCAGAAGAGCAACGCCGGGGCGGGCGGUGGGGAGAGCGUCGCGAAUUCGGCGCCCGUCGUUGCGGCUGGAGCCAGCGCGGGGACGACGGGCGAGCCGAACCCGCUGCUGAGCGUCAGCAACUCAUCCUCCAGCUCGUCCUCCUCCUCCACCUCGCUGUCGUCCAGCUCGGCCGCGACCGAUCUGGUGGAGAAGAAGAAGAAGAAGGAAGGCACUGGCGGCGUCGGCGCCGAGAUCGGUGCGUCGAGCGAGUCCAGCAACGAGAACAGCAUCCUGAACGACAUGAACAACUACGAAAUCUCGGGCAACAUCAAGCUGUACGAGGUGCUGAAUAUGGUGGAGGAGCAGCAAACACACGAACCGGACGGGUCGGUAAAGGCGCCGGCUGACGUCACCACCGCUACCACAGCCGCCAACAGCAGCAGCAAACACAACAGUGCCAAACGACACGGUUCGAGCGAGGGAACGGUGCUGGAAGCGUCGACCAGUGCCGCCGAACCAGGACCAUCGGGUGAACCGCUCCCGUCGAUAUCGUCCGCGGCGGCAAGCGGCACAACCACCACCACCACCAUCACCACCACCAGUACCACCCAACCGCAGCAGAAGGGCUCCAAAUCGGGCGAAUCGAAACAGCAGCAGCAGAUGUUCUCCAACAUCAAGCCGUCCGAGGACGCGUGGGACAUACUGUUCGCGCGGGCGGAGGGCCUGCACGCGCACGGGCACGGGCGGGAGGCGUGCACGCUCGGCGUGCGGCUCGCCUCCGAGAUGCUGGCGAACCCGCCCAACCUGAUGAUGGAUCUGCCGCCGCCGCCGAAGAAGAAGGGCAAGAAGCACAACAUCAACCCGAUCUCGCACCAGCUGAGCGUGCUGGCCUCCUCCACGCUGUCCAAGUGCGCCUUCCUCUGCACGGUGCUGGCGGAAAACUCGGAACACUACCAUCUGGCGUUCCGCGUGUGCCUGUUCGGGCUGGAGAUGUCGCGGCCGCCGGCCAGCACCAAACCGCUCGAGGUGAAGCUCGCCAACCAGGAGUCGGACCUGCUCGCCCUGCUGAAGCGCAUCCCGCUCGGCACGGACGAGCUGAAGGCGAUACGGGACCGGGCGGAGCAGCUGCGCGACGGUACGCUCAAGUCGCGCGGCGAGGCGCUGCUGCCGAUCAUGCUCGCGAGCUUCAUCUUCGACGCGCUCGUGAUGCCGUCGGUGGUCGGGCGCGAAAACCGCAUGAAGGUGAUGAGCAGCGCGUACCGGUACCCGACCGACGAGAACCUGGGCUUCGAGGCGGCGGUGGCCGCCCUCGGCCUGAAGGCGAACGUGUCCGAGGCGGAGCAUCCGCUGCUGUGCGAGGGGACGCGCCGGCAGCGGGGCGAUCUGGCGCUCACGCUGCUCUCCUACUACAAGGACGAGCCGCGCAAGAUCUGCCGCAUCAUGGAGAAGCUGCUCGACCGGGAGAUACACGUGCUGAUCAAGACGCCGCUGCUGCCGUCGUACUACUCGAACAAUCCGCCCACGCGCAGCCAAACGUCGCAGAUGCGGAUGGACGAGUACGACGGUGGCAACAAUGGGCAGCAGCAGCAGCAGCACCACCAUCUACAGCCGUACGGUAGCAAUGGAGGUCGAAGCAGCAGCAGCACGGGCAGUGCGGAACUUCAACAGCAGCAGCAGCUGCCAGUCGCGGCCGCCGCCUCCCAUCUCGGACAGGGAGGAGCAGAGUUUGGACUGGCGGCAGCGGCCAGCAGCAGUCGACCGCAGAGCAGCACCAGCGCCGAGGUCGAGCUGGGCAUGGCCGCACUCAGUCUCGGUGUGGCGACGGCCACCACUGCCACCAGCACCGCCACCACCAGCGGGACAACGACAGCGACCGGUGCGAGCAGCGGCAGCACGACAACAACGGCCGGUCCGACGGCCGGCUCAACCGCCACGACCGUAACGACUGGUGGGGCCACCACCGCCUCCGUCACGUCCACCCGCUCGAAGGACUCGCGGUACAAGGGCAAGCGGGCGUACCCGUCCAUCCCGAACCAGCCGUCCGAGGCGAGCGCCCACUUCAUGUUCGAGCUGGCGAAGAACGUGCUGACGAAGGCGGGCGGCACCUCGGCCACCUCGCUCUUCACGCAGGCGUCCACCACGCAGAACCACCAGGGGCCGCACCGCGGCCUGCACAUGUGCGCGUUCCAGCUCGGCCUGUACGCGCUCGGGCUGCACAACUGCGUCAGCCCGAACUGGCUGUCGCGCACCUACUCGUCGCACGUGUCGUGGAUCAUCGGCCAGGCGAUGGACAUCGGGGCGCCGGCCAUCUCCUUCCUGAUCGACACGUGGGAGGGCCACCUGACGCCGCCGGAAGCGGCCGGCAUGGCGGACCGCGCCUCCUCCCGCGGCUGGGACAGCAACAUGGUGAAUCCGGCGGCCGAGCUAGCACUGUCGGUGCUGCCGCACGCGGCCGCCCUCAACCCGAACGAGAUCCAGCGGGCGAUCCUGCAGUGCAAGGAGCAGAGCGACCGGAUGCUCGAGCGCGCCUGCAUCAUGGUGGAGACGGCGGCCAAGGGUGGCGGCGUCUAUCCCGAGGUGCUGUUCCAGGUGUCGCGCUACUGGUACGAGCUGUACCUGCGCAACACGCCCGGCGGCGAGAUGGAGCCGGACGAGCAGCACGACGUCGUGGUCAACCUGAUGCAGCUGAUGGAGCCGGGCGUCGACGGGGGCACCGGUGGCUCCGUGCUAGGGGCACCGAUGGGCGGCGGCGUACCGUCCCAGCCGGGCAGUGGCCCGGCGGGCGGAGUGCCACCCCCGGUGGGCGGUGGCGGUGGAGCAGCGGCCCCACAGCAACCGUACCCGCCGCCCCACCAGCAUCAACCGGUGGCCGGCCUGGCACCGAUCGGCAUGUACGGCGGGUACGGGUACGGUACGAUCUACCACCAUCAGAACCUGCCGUACGGUGGCCACCCCGCGAACCCGGUGCACCCGAUGUACAUGUCGACGCCGCCCCAGUUCCAGUACCCUCCGCCACCGCCGCCCGGCGGGCUGGCCGGCCAGGGAGGGCAACCGCAGCCGCCGAACGUAGGCUACGGCCAGCAGCAACCGCCGCCGCAGCAGCAGCAGCAGCCGCCCCAGCAGCAGCAGCAGCAGCCGCCGCCCCAGCAACCGCUCGGCUCGAUGAAUCCGGCCGCCGUCGCCGCCUACCAGUCGAUGCAGCAGCACGGCGUACCGCCGCAAGGGUACGGCGGGCCGCCACAGUACCAGGGCGUCCCCGUGCAGCCGCCCGGACCGCCCACCAACCCGGCCCAGAUGCAGCCGCCCAACCUGCAGCCGUUCUACGGUGGGCCGGGAGCCGCCAUGCAGCAGCAUCCGGGCGGCCAGCCCGUUCCACCGGGACCUCCGCAGCUCGUACCACCGCUACCGCUGGGCGUUGCCGCGGCAGUAGCCGCCGCCGCCGCCCAGCAGCAGCAACAGCAACAGGGCCCUGCACCACCGCCCGGCCAGCAAGUCCCCGCCGGUAUGCCACGGCCCGGGCAGCAACAGCCACCGCCACCACCGCAACAGCAGCAGCCCCAUGUCGGUGGACCACCGUACGGGGCGGCAGCGGCGUACGGGCCAACGGCGGUCACGGGCGGCGCCGGACAGCCCCCGCCAGCCGGUACCGGGGGCAGCUCCAGCGGCGGGCCGGUUCGCGCACGCCACCCGCACCAUUCCAACACGGCCCAGCUGCGCUACCUGCUCGCGACGUACAAUGCGGGCAUGCUGGCGCUCGAGACGCUCGCCCGCCGGGUGCACGACGACCGGCCGCAGGCCAAGUACGCCCGCAACCCACCGUACGGCGAGGACGUCAAAUGGUUGCUGCGCAUCUCGAAGAAGCUCGGCACGCAGUACCUGCACCAGUUCUGCGUCUGCGUCGUCAACUCGAUCGUCAGCCCGUUCGUGCUGCACGAGGUCGCCAUCGAGUCCGCCCACUAUCUGUCGCGCAACAACCCGGCGCUGGUGAUGCACCAUCUCCGCUCCGCCCUGACGCCGCUGAUGAACAAAUGUCAGAGCAUGUACUUCCAAUGCAUCCAUCAAAAGUUGUACCAUCUCACGAUAGCGGACUACGAGGACUUUACCAGCACGAUACUUUCCGCCCGGAACGCGUUCCAAAUUACGCCCGAGGGCAACGCUCAGUUCAAGGACUGGCUGCAAUCAAUUAAACGCUCGAAAUCGUGCAAGAAGGAACUGUGGACGCAGAUCAAUGCCGCACUCAACUCUAAAUGACAUCGACUCGAUUCGAUUGGAUCGGAGCUGAACAUGAUGCUGGCAGCGGCGGCAGCGGCGGCCGCAUCGGCAGCGCCAUCCAACAGCAACAGCAACAGUAUC